GUCUCAGAACAGCUCUCAAGCAAUAGGUCAGCAGCCUCUUUUCAGCAGUUGAAGCAGGAAAAGCAACAUGUUUAAGAUUAUAGCACUGGUUGCCUGUUUGGCCGUCGCCGUGCUGGCGUACGAGGAAUAUCAUGCCCACCCGAAGUACAAGUUCGAGUACGGUGUCAAGGAUUCCCAUACCGGUGACAACAAGGAACAGUGGGAACACCGGGAUGGCGAUGCCGUGCAAGGAUCGUACUCGCUGCAUGAACCGGACGGCACCCACCGGGUGGUGAACUACAAAUCGGACAAACACGUUGGAUUCCAGGCCCACGUGCAGCGCGCUGGACACGCCAGUCAUCCGGCCGUUUACGGUGAACACCAUGACGGACACGGACACGGUGGUGAGAGUUAUGCCAACAUUGAUCAGCAUCACUAAGGUCUCGUUGUUAUUAUUGUUGUUGUUGUUAUUAUGGACUCUGUCAUUCGUUGCAGAGAGGUAAGAAAAGGGUGUUGUUGCAUUUAUCGCAUUUAUGCACCCUUUGUGGACUGUGAAAUAAAGACUUGUUAGAGUUAUGUGA